UUGACCAGGAUCCACUACCGCGACUAUUUUGUUGCUCUGUUCACGUUCUCGUACUCGGCUCGCGGUCUCAUUCGUUGGGUUGAUAAGGAUGGUAGUGGUUAUAUUAAUGCAGAGGAGUUGCAGGCUGCCCUCACCAAUGGUCUUGGUACUCCGUUUGACAUUGCCUGUGUCUCUUUGAUGAUAUCACUGUUUGAUGCUGACAACAAUGGCACCAUAUCUCUAAACGAGUUCGGUCAGCUCUUUAACUACAUAACUUCAUGGCAGAACCUCUUCACUCAGCACGAUCGUGAUCGUUCUGGAUCCAUUGAUUUCAAUGAGUUCUCUUCUGCUCUACAACAUUUCGGAUACAAUCUUAGUCCACGCUUCGUACAGUGGCUGAUGAUGCGUUUUGAUAGGCAGCGGUUGAAUAAACUCGGAUUUGACAAAUACAUAUACAUCCUCGUGUGUCUACAGAUCCUUACAAGAAGCUUCAGUGCAUUAGAUGUUCAAAGACGUGGUGUUGUGAACAUGAGCUUUGAACAGUUUCUCGGAGCUGCCUUUAACAUGUGCGUCUAG